CACCUGAUGUUGAGUAUAUGACUGUCAAAAUUCGAAAAGAUGAAAAGGAUAAACAUAAAGAAAACAAUAAAAAAUUCAUCCGGAAAAUUUUUAACAAAAUCCUUGGCAAAAAGAAAAUAAUUGUACUUGAUUACCCUGCCAUAUCAGACGGAGAAAAAACCGAAAAAUUAAGAAAGUUCAUUGAAUCAAAGGUUAGUUUGUGUUCGUAUUUGCAGAAAAAAUCCCCAAUGGACCACAAAAUUCUUUGAAAAUCUACUGUAACUUUUCCUAUAGAAGCCCUUGGAGUUUAUUUUCUCAACUGGUAUCAUUAGGUGCGCUUCGCAUGACCAUUUAUUUCAAAUUAAUCCUCGAAAUCGCCGACAUUGACCAAAUAUAUUAUGCCACUUUUAAUUGUCCCAGUAAAUCCUCCUUUAUUCCUCCAAUGGU